AAAAUUCUAACCGUAAGAAUAAUUCGACGUUAAAUGUUUAAUUGCGCUUAAUUACAAAAUAUUCUGUAAACAUUUGUGUAAUAUUACAGUUUCAUUAAGAUAAGUGACGUGAUUUCAAACAGUAAAAUCAGGUUUCCUGUUCUUUUACUCGUUAAUCAGUUCAAAGUACAAAAAGUAAUUGGUUAAUUUCGUUAUGACUCAUACAAGUGUGUAAUAAAACGUAACCGCAACACAACUAGCGAAGUCUAGAAAGUACAGUGCUAAAAUGUUAGACAAAUUAAAAUAUUUUUGGUCAAAAACCAAUCGUUGGCAUCGAGUAAUAGCUCUGUUCUUACUUGUGGAGUUAAAAGUAUUACCCGGAGGUCAAUUGGGCUUCCAAUGCAAUGAUCCUGCACUCUCUCAUCCUUUCACUGGAGACACAAUUAGCUGGAAGUGGCUGAUGGGUAUUACUUUAUUCCUUCCAUUGGUUAUUAUGUUAAUAGUUGAGAGACAGUGCAAUGGCAGCGAAAAGAAUGAAUUAAACAAAAGAAAUGCAUUACGUUGGUACAAGGAGUAUGUAUAUGGGGUUCUAAUUAAUCUGACAGUUAUACAGACAUUAAAAUUAAUUGUGGGCUCUCCAAGACCACACUUCUUUGAUACUUGCCAACCUGAGGAAGCGAUCACUUGUGUUGAGUCGGAAUAUAUAUCUAGCUACACAUGUACCAAGGCAUAUUGGCUCAGUCAGUCUGAUAAGAGUUUUCCUUCCGGCCACACAUCACUAGGACUGCAUGCUGCGGUAUUUAUAGCAUACUAUCUACACCGUCGUGCUAUUGGGGCUAGUGGGGGUAGUGAAUCUAGUGGUAGAAGAGCAGUGUGGGCAGCGCAGGCAGUAUGUAUACUGUCUGCAGCAUGGUGUGGCAUAUCACGUAUAAGGGAUCGUCGCCAUCACUGGUGGGAUGUUCUUGCUGGUGCUGUUAUUGCAGCACCCAUACUUUUAUAUACGAUAAAAUCCCUCUGCAAAGACUUCUGUUGUUCUCCAAGCAGCAAUGUUGAAGAAGAAACCAAACCGUUAGAGAGUAAUUGUCAAUCAUAACAGUGUUAUAUCAGUAUUAAGUAAAACCAAUGUAUUAUUUGGUAAUACACGCCGGUAUCCUCGCUUACUAUGCGUGCACCAUAACAUGAUAACAUAAUUAAAUGACUUUGACAAAAAAUAUUCAAUCACUAAAUAUAGAUAAGUCGAGGGAUUUUGUAACUUUAGAAAUAGUAAGUAAAUUGUUGUUUGCAUGUUAUGUUAUUGUGUACGCAUAGUAUUUUAUACGUAUUUGUACUCUAGCUUUUUUAAGUAUUUAUUUGCUUUUGUUUAAGUAAAUAUGUUGGCGAUAAAAUCGCUAUAUUCGUAAGAACCAAGUAUUAUAAAAACCAAAUUUGUCUUCACAAAGUACAAUAUAUAAAAAAAGACGACAUAAAGUAAAAAGAAGUUUUUCAAGUUUACUCAAAUUAUCAGUCAGAUAUCAAAACUUAAUGAUAAGCGGCAACUUUUUAAUGCAUUAGAACCUGUCCCACCACUGGCUGAUAGAGGCUCAGAUAGCUUAAAUGACGUCACUGUCAGAUAAGGUAACAAAAUCCGAU